GUCCAAUGGUCCACGCCAAAAUGGCAGCGGACGUGUCUGGGCGGAGCGCUGAGAGCAGUGACGUCAUCAAGCCGGUAUGGCGUCUUUGUAGAAGGCCGGGAACCAUGGAUGAAGAGAGUCUGGUCUCUGCUCUACAGACCUACAGAGCUCAGCUGGAGCAGGUCAAGAUCAACCUCCAUGGUGACGUGGACCCUUCACAGAAGGCGGACCUCCUCCAACUAGAGGGCGAUUUACAGCAGCUCAUAGAACUGACAGAGUCCAGCUUGUUGUCUGUACAAAAGUCCAACCUUCUAUCUGCUCUGGGUGAACCAUCAUCCUCAUUAUCUCCUCAAGAUGAUGAGUAUGAGGCCUUCAAGAAGGCAAUCGGAGAGGUAAGCACUGAUGGCCAACCUGUGGAGACUGCUGAUCUUAAUUCAGAGGAGGAAAAGGAAGUAGAGGAGGAGGAGGAUGAAGAAGAAGAAGAAGAAAUCAGCGGAAUGAAAGUGAAAGCCCCUUAUUACAGCACGUGGGGGACAUUAGAAUAUCACAACGCUAUGGUAGUGGGCUCAGAGAAGAUGGAAGAUGGAGGUGCUGGUGUUCGGGUUCUGUAUCUUUACCCCACGCACAAGGCUAUGAAGCCAUGUCCAUACUUCCUGGAUGGAAAGUGCCUCUUUAACGAGAACUGCAGGUUUUCCCAUGGACAAGUUGUGUCCAUCAGUGAACUCCAGGUCUUUGAAGAGCCAGAUCUUGGCAAUCUAAGGAUUGAUACCCCCUGCCUUGCCAGGCACAAUGAUGGCAUCUGGUACACAGCACGAAUCACAGAUAUAGACGACAACUUCUACACAGUGAAAUUUGACUCUGUGCUGCUGAAAGAUGCGGUUCUAGAAGCCGAUGCCAUUAUUCCACCUCUGCGGGAAACCGACAGUUCAUCCUCGGAUGACGAGGACUUAGGAGCGGAGGAUUCUGGGUAUGCUCGAGUGUUCUUAGACAAUGGAGAAGUUGGGGUUACACCCUGCAGUUCUGAAUUUGGAGGAUGGGAGGCUCAUACUCGUGGGAUAGGGUCCAAACUCCUGGCUCGUAUGGGGUACGAGCUAGGUAAAGGUCUUGGGAAGAAUUCUGAGGGUCGAGUGGAGCCAGUUCAGGCAGUGGUGCUACCUAAAGGCAAAUCCCUGGAUCAGUGCUUAGAAUUGCAGCAGCGAAAGGUGAAAGGGGUGAAGCCCCUGUCCAAAGCCAAGAAGAAGCGCCAAUCCAAGCCACCAAGAGCUGGGAAGAGCACCAGUGCUACACGCAAUAUAUUUGACUUCUUAAAUGAGAAACUGGAACACAAGUCAGUUCCUAGCCAGGUGGCCGAGACCAGCAUCGAGAGGAAAGGCAAAGAAAUGUAUAAUGCCAGCAAGGACAGCAAGCGGGCAUUGAACAUUGCAGUAGCUCAGAUGACAGAGAAGAUCCAGCAGAAGCAGAGGGAUAUUGGGAGGAUGGCUGAGGCUCUGGCACGUAACGUGGGGAGAGACAGCGUCGUAAGCACGCAGUUGGAGUCCCGCCUCUCCAACGCUCGCUCUGAGCUUGCAGAUCUGCAGCGGCAAGAGAAGAUUCUGCAAAAAGAGCAGAACAAGGCGGACACACACAAGAAAAUGACUAAGUUCUGAGCCUGUGCAGCGCGUACCUACUCCUGAUAUUGUAUCACCUAUGUAUCAUUAUGUAUAUUUUUCCUUCCCCCAACUGGACUAUUAUAUUUGCUUUUGU